UCGAGGCUCCCCUGCUGGCCUGCCUCCUCCCAGCCUCCGGCCUCGACGCAAGGGUGUGGACCUAGCCUGCCCCUCUAGGAGGGAGGGCGGUCCUCAAGUGGCGCUGGCCUCCGAGGACCUUCUUGGUGUGCGGCGGGACUGGGGUGUGCUCGGCCCCGCCGCUGGCCAUGGCCUUCACUUUCGCUGCUUUCUGCUACAUGCUGUCCCUGGUGCUGUGCGCCGCGCUCAUCUUCUUCGCCAUCUGGCACAUCAUUGCCUUCGAUGAGUUAAGGACGGAUUUUAAGAGCCCCAUAGACCAGUGUAACCCCAUUCACGCGAGGGAACGGCUGAGGAACAUCGAGCGCAUCUGCUUCCUCCUGAGAAAGCUGGUGCUUCCAGAAUAUUCCAUCCACAGCCUCUUCUGCAUCAUGUUCCUGUGUGCUCAGGAAUGGCUCACCCUGGGGCUGAACAUCCCUCUACUUUUCUAUCACUUCUGGCGGUACUUCCACUGUCCGGCUGACAGCUCAGAGCUUGCCUAUGACCCACCGGCGGUCAUGAACGCGGAUACCUUGAGCUACUGUCAGAAGGAGGCCUGGUGUAAAUUGGCGUUCUAUCUGCUCUCCUUCUUCUACUACCUUUACUGCAUGAUCUACACGCUAGUGAGCUCUUAACUCAGACCACGCACGUCCUUCAAGGCUGAGUUCACGGGUGCCAGGCCCAGAUGGGGACGCGUGAGAGACAACUGUGGACUGUGGGCUCCUGCAGCAGCGGUGGGCCAAGCUUACUGAGCGCAGGGAUCGCUGCCCAGCCUGUGCUUGGGUCGCGAUCCCUUCUGGGCCAUGGGCCCUCUCCUGGGCAAGGACUGCCGCCUCCUGAGUGCACGCCCCUCUCCGACAGCUCUGUGCCAUGCACACAGAGCCCCAAGACCACAGGAGGGGCAGCCGGCAGGCUGCAUGGGGCCUGCCCAGAACAGAAUGACCCAGAUCCAGGCUGAGUGUGUGGGACCCGCUGAGCCUUGAGGGUGCUGGGGGCUGUCUGAGCCUCUCGUGUUUCUUCUGACUGCUGGCCAUGCCCUGUGCUUCCGUGGGACAGCCUGGAGGGUGCACGGAUUUGCCUCUGGCUCCGAGCGUCCCUGAGCCCGCGGGCUGUCUGCCAUGAGAGAGCCAGCUUGGCCAUGCCAGGAAUGCAACUUGGGGCUGUACGUCAGUCAUGAGUUAUCUCCAAAGUCAAGGGGAGGUGGGAAUCCGAGGGAAGAACGAUUUUGUAAAGCAUUCACAGGUUCCAAGUGUUAGCUCUUGGCCCCCACAAACGGUACUCUUCAGCUGUCAGUCCAAAAGCAUCACGGAACCCAUGAACGCCGAUGGAUGGCUCCCCCGUGUCCAGCUGCCUUGUGUCAAGGACCCCGAGCAGCCACAUGCCCAGAAAACGCGGCAGCGUCUGCUUUGCGCCCGCACGGCCGGCGGCCGGGAAGUGACUCCGCAGUCACGUGCUGCUUCCUCAUUCCUUCUGUUUGCUCCACGUGGGGACAUCCGCUGGUUGAGAAUUUUCCAUUCGACAUUCCCCCCUCUUUGGGUGGGAGUUGUUCUCGAGUGUUGUAAAUAAUGACAAGGCUGAGAAUGUUUGAUGUUUAAAUUGGGCACAAUGAUUUCCACCUUGUUCCCCGACCCUGCUUUCCUUUCUUCUGUUUGACACGUACAGGCUAUUUAUACCUGCACCCAGCUCCCGUC